AUGUGGAUAAAGCCGGUUGUAAUAGUGAUUGGAACGUGUUGCAGGGAGGAGGGCGAUGAGAAGCCGAAGCCGGCCGAGAGCCAGGACGACGGCUACGAGACGAGCAACAGCGGCGAGGCGGCGCGGCGCAAGGCGUCCAGCGCGGAGGGCUCGCCGGCCGCGCCGCGCUCGCCCGCGCCCGAGCCCGCCUACGAGCCCCUCCUCGCCCGCUUCCCCGACACCCCCUACCGCAGCUACGAGCCGCCGCAGCCGCAGCCCGAGCCCGAGCCCUACCAGCACUUCCCCUUCCCCAAAUACCCGGAGCCAUACGGCUACAAGCGCGAGCCCGAGCCCUAUGACAUGAGCCAGCAUCCGCUACACUACGGCUCGACGCAAAAGCGUGACGAGGACGCGUACAACGGCGUGAAGCGCGAGUGCGACGACCCGUACUCGUUCGUGGAGGAGGAGGCGAUGUGCGCGAUGCUGGGCCAGCCGCCGCCGCACCUGCCGCCCCACGACCACGCGCACCCCCACAUGCACCCUCACGCGCAUCCCCACCAGCUGAUGCUCAAUCAGCCCAAGAAGCGUGGACGGAAAAAGAAAAUCAAGGACGAGAAUGGCUUGGAGCUAAAAGCGGAGGGCGUGGAGGGCAUCGUGCGUCCAGUGAAGGAGCGCAAGAAGCACGACCGCUUCAACGGCAUGAGCGAGGAGGAGGUGGCGCGCCGCACGCUGCCGGACCACCUCGCCGAGAACCUCGACAUCAUCAUUAUCGGUAUCAACCCGGGACUGUUUGCGGCGUACAAAGGACAUCAUUACGCAGGCCCUGGCAACCACUUUUGGAAAUGUCUCUACCUGUCUGGACUUACGCGAGAGCAGAUGAGCGCUGAUGAAGAUUACAAGCUGCUGAACUUCGGCAUCGGGUUCACGAACAUGGUGUCGCGCGCCACCAAGGGCUCGGCGGACUUGACGCGGCGCGAGAUCAAGGAGGGCUCAGCGCUGCUGCUCGAGAAGCUGCAGACCUUCCGCCCCAAGGUGGCGGUCUUCAACGGGAAGCUCAUCUACGAGGUGUUCUCCGGCAAGAAGGACUUUUGCUUCGGCAAGCAGCCCGACACCAUUGCCGGCACCAACACUUACACGUGGGUGAUGCCGUCAUCGUCUGCGCGGUGCGCGCAACUUCCCCGUGCCGCGGACAAGGUGCCGUUCUACGCGGCGCUCAAGAAGUUCCGCGACUACCUGAACGGGCUGGUCGCGCACGUGGACGAGGCCGAGCUCGUGUUCCCUGACAACACGAGCCGCCGCCCGCAGGAGGAGAUGGAGAUACGCAGAUUAACAAUGGAACCGGAGCCCGGAGACACAAUAAUCCUGGAGGACGGGACGGAGGUGCCGCUGAAGAAGAAACGCGGGCGACCCAAGAAGGUGAAACUGGAGAAUGGUGAGGCGCCGCCGCCCACACCCCGCGCGCCGCGAGCGCCGCGCCCUCCGCCCGUCCACGACCCCGCCGCGCCCGACCAGCCGCCCAAGAAGAAGCGCGGCCGCCCCAAGAAGAUACGCCCCGAGGAGCAGCAAUUCCUGCUGCAGCAGCAGCAACAGCAGCAACAACAGCAGCAGCAGCAGCAGCAACAACAACAGCAGCAACAGCAACAGAGCAACCCCAUGCUACAGCAGCAGCUGACGCCGAUGUCGUCGCUGGGGCACGAGCAGCAGUUCCUGGCGCACCAGGGCGACUUCCAGCAGAUGUCGCCGCUGGCACAGAGCUCGCUGCUGUACCACCAGCACCACCAGCACCCGCACCAGCAGCACCCACACCAGACCCACCAGCCACACCAAGCACAUCAGACCAUGCCGCCCGACGGCUCGCCCUACUACCAGCCUCCGAACACUGGCGGCGGCAUGGAGAGUCCUAUGGACGUGUCGGGUAUGAGUAUGUCUCGCGGUUACGCGUCCCCGGGCGCGUACGCUUCUCCGCGAGGAGUGUACGCGUCGCCGCGCUCGCAGGGCUACUCGCCCGGGCCGCAGCGCCUGGCCGCCACGCCGCAGCCGCAGCCGCAGUUUCCAUCGAGUCCAGCCGCAUUCUCUGGUCCUUCACCACCUCGCGCGCCGUACGGCUCACCAGCACCGGGCGGUGGCGGGAGCGGCGGCGGAGGCGGGGCGGGCGGCGGGGCUGUGGGUGGUGCAGCGAGCGGGCGCGGGUUCGCGCGCAGCCCGCUGUACGCCAGCAGCCCGGCGCCCUACCGCCAGCAACCCAGCCCGGCACCGCAGCAGCGCUAUUCGCAGUCGCCGCAUCCCGCGCACCCGCACCCCUACUCGCGUUCGCCGGCGCCGCUCGCGGCGCCCGCGCACCAGGUCGCGCCGCAGACGCCCUACGCGCGGUCGCCGGCACCGAGCGGCGCGGGAGGGGCGGGCAGCGGGGCGGCGAGUGGCGCGGGCGGCGGCGCGGUGGGCGGCGCGGCGAGCGGCUCACCGGCGGCGCUGAGCUACGCGUCGCCCGCCACGCCGUACAGCCAGCACAGCUCGCCGUACGCGGAGCAGUUCGCGCCGCCGUUCGAGGCGGCCGCGUCGCCCGUGCCGCUGGACUUCGAGCCGCCGCGCGACGACCUGGCCAACGACGUGGCGCCCAGCCCCAUCGGCAGCGCCGACAUGCACCCUGGCAGCAACAGCAACUCCUCACUCUCCGACUACAACAAGACGAGCGGCGGGAGUGGGAGUGGGGGCGGCAGCGGCGGCGGCGAGGCAUCGCCUGCGGUGGCCGGCGGCGCGUUCGGCGGCGCGCUGUAUGACGGCUCGCCGCGCCUGCCCUACCCGCCCGCGGAGAAGCCCGACUACUUCCCGCAGGAACAAGGCAACAGUAUGUCAGAAAGUCCUCGGUUAGACCAGUUACAUCAGCAUCCCUCCAUGUUUCCCAGCAACUUCAACAGAUCGCCGUCAGGUGGUGUCGGGAGCGUGGGCGGGGGCGGCGAGGCGGCCUUCUCCCCAUUCCGCGCCGCGGACUCCCACCACGACCACCACGACCACCACGAACACCACGAACACCAUGAACACCAUGAACACCACGAUCAUAAUCAACCGCCCGGGUCCCCGGGCGAGUUCCCCGCGGGCAAGCCGCAAGACGUUUCGUCGAAGUCGCUGUCGGGGCUGGAGUCGCUGGUGGACCAGAUCCCCUCGAUUGCGGAGGGCGGCACGGGGGCGGGAGCCGGGGCGGGCGCGGGGGCGGGGGCGGGGGCGGGCGGCGAGGCGGCAGCGCCCGCGCUGCCGGAUUACGCGCCACCGCUCUACCCGCCCUACGGGGCCUACGGCACCCCCGCGUACCCCAACAACGGGUACGGCGGCCCGUUCGUCGGGUACGGCGGCGGCUGGGGCGGGCAGCUGGUGCGCGGCUACCUGCCCGACUGGCAGUACGGCUACGCGCCCGCCGUGCCGCCCGCCUACCCGCCCUACAACGCGCCCUACUACAGCGGCUACCCUGCGCCGCCGCCCGCCCACCACCAGCAGACGCACUACCUUUCGGCGCCUCCGCUGAUCGACCUGCACAAGAACGGUGAGCACGCAUCCUCCGUGCCCUCCGUGCCCUCCGUCGGCUUCGGAGGCUUCUGCUAG